CACGACGUUUGGCGCGAAAUUUUCUUUUCUCCAUCUUCUCUACUUUCCCAGGUAGGCUCCCGCUUUGUCUCCAGCGUGUGGCCAGUGCCUGUAAGAGGAGUCCAGCUGGGGCAGGUUAGAAUUGCUGCGGCUCCACGAGCUCCUGAAGCAGAGACGGUGGAAUCGGAGGGCUUAGGCAACUGCCUAUUUUGCCUGGUUGCAUUGUGGAAAGGUGAAAAGAUCCAAGUUUACUACUGACAGUUCUGUGUUAGAUCAUCCAUUAAAAGAAACAUAUAUUGUAAGGAGCCAUGGCAUACUACCCUACAAGGCUGAAGACCAGACAAACUUACUCGUGGGUUGGCAGGCCAUUGUUGGAUCAAAAACUACACUACCACAUCUACAAAGAAAUGAGUGUCAAAAUAGAAGGUAGUUUGACUGAGAUUCACAUCCAAGUUGGACAAUUCGUGUUGAUUGAAGGGGAUGAUGAUGAAAAUCCGUAUGUUGCUAAAUUGGUUGAGUUGUUUGAAGAUGAUUCUGAACCUCAUUCCAAGAAACGUGCUCGAGUCCAGUGGUUUAUCAGAUUCUGUGAAGUGCCUGUCAGUAAACGGCAUUUGCUGGGCCGGAAGCCUGCAGCACAGGAGAUAUUCUGGUAUGAUUACCCUGCCUGUAAUAGCAACAUUAAUGCUGAGACCAUCAUUGGCCAUGUGCAGGUAGUAGCAUUAGGCCCAGAUGAAGUGUUACCUAUGGAUCUGAAAGAUGAGAAGAUACUCUUUGUGAAACUGUCUUGGAAUGAGAAGGCAUUCAGACCACUAUCCCCAGAACUAUUUGCAGAGUUUGAUAAGCUACAAGAAGGCAGCCCGAGGAGCCAGAAGCCUGUGGGAGUCAAGACCAAGAGCAUAGAAAGCCCUUCUAGGACCACAGCAGAGCAUGCGAUCAAAAGGAUUGAAUCAAGGCAUUCUACCUCCAAAUCUCGCCGAACUCCUUCUCAUCCUGUCACCCCAAGGGCAAAGAAGAAACUGGAGCUCAAUGGUUUCCCUAGGACACCCAACACUAGGAUUUCCCAGCAGAAUUCAGGGGCCUCGUUGGAUUCUCCUGGAAGAAGUAAACGAAAAGUGACCCUCUCUGAAAUCACCUCACCUACUAAGAGGUCUCAGCCUGAUAGACUUCAUACCUCGUCUCCAGCUCUGAAAGCCCCGCAGAAAACUGGAGAGAUUCAAAGCUCAUGUGCCAAGGAUGACAAGAAGGCUUCACCUGACUGUCACAGGAUCCUGAGAACCCGAGUCCCAGCUUUGAAAACCACAGAGAUUUGUGAGGAAAGAACACUUACCCCUAUCAGGGGAGGCUGGAAAUCCUCGGUGCCUUCUGUGGUUCUGAAACCAGAAAACAUCAAAAAGAGGGAGGCAGAAGAACCAGAGGCUCAGGAUGGAGCUACCACUACCCCCCAUCGGAUCCAUAGAAAGAGUUCUCUCUUGACUUUGAAUCGGAUUAGGCAGCAGCUUCGGUUUUUAGGUAAUAGUAAAAGUAACCAAGAAGAGGAUGAGUUUCUGCCGGCAGCAGAGAUUUCAGACUCUAGCAGUGAAGAGGAAGAGACUUCCAUACCACCCCUUCCAAGGAGAACAUCCAGUAGGUUGUCCAGGAACCUAUGCUCUUCCAUGAAGUCAUCCUUACAGACCCCCUCAAAGACACCAAAGAAAACUCCCAAGCCUAGUACGCCACGUCAUGCCACUCCCCAGAUCCGUAGCCGAAACCUGGCUGCCCAGGAGCCAGCCAGCGUACUGGAGGAGGCCCGGCUGAGGCUGCAUGUUUCUGCUGUACCUGAGACUCUUCCCUGUCGGGAACAGGAAUUCCAAAACAUCUACAACUUUGUGGAGAGCAAACUCCUUGACCAUACGGGAGGGUGCAUGUACAUCUCCGGGGUCCCUGGGACAGGGAAGACUGCCACUGUGCACGAGGUGAUACGCUGCCUGCAGCAGGCAGCCCAAGCAAAUGACGUUCCUUCCUUUCAAUACAUCGAGGUCAAUGGCAUGAAGCUGACAGAACCCCACCAAGUCUAUGUGCAAAUCUUGCAGAAGCUGACAGGCCAAAAGGCAACAGCUAACCAUGCGGCAGAACUGCUGGCAAAGCGAUUCCUCACCCGAAGGUCCUCUCAGGAAACCACCGUGCUGCUCGUGGAUGAGCUCGACCUUCUAUGGACUCAGAAACAAGACAUAAUGUACAAUCUCUUUGACUGGCCCACUCACAAGGAGGCCCAGCUUGUGGUCCUGACCAUUGCCAACACAAUGGAUCUGCCAGAGCGCAUCAUGAUGAACCGGGUAUCAAGCCGACUGGGUCUUACCAGGAUGUCCUUCCAGCCCUAUACUCACAGCCAACUGCAGCAGAUCCUAAUAUCCCGACUCAAACAUGUAAAGGCCUUUGAGGAUGAUGCCAUCCAACUGGUAGCUAGGAAGGUAGCAGCCCUUUCUGGAGAUGCACGACGCUGCCUGGACAUUUGUAGGCGUGCCACAGAGAUCUGUGAGUUCUCCUGUCAGAAGCCCGACUCCCCUGGCCUGGUCACUGUAGCCCACUUGCUGCAAGCAGUAGAUGAGAUGUUUUCGUCAUCAUAUAUCACUGCCAUCAAAAACUCCUCUGUUCUGGAACAGAGUUUCCUGAGAGCCAUACUUGCUGAGUUCCGCCGAUCAGGACUAGAAGAAGCAACAUUUCAACAGGUAUACAGUCAACACGUGGCACUGUGCAGAAUGGAGGGACUUCCGUACCCUACCAUGUCAGAGACAAUGGCAGUGUGCUCUCAUCUAGGCUCUUGUCGCCUUCUCCUUGUGGAGUCCAGCAGGAAUGACCUGCUCCUUCGUGUGCGGCUCAAUGUCAGCCAGGAUGAUGUGCUGUACGCGCUGAAGGAGUGAAGAGCUUCACGAGGAAGGACUGUGAUCAGAUGUUUUCGAAGAGCUUGAUUUCCUUUUUCUAAGCACGUCAAAUUGUAGCAAAGUAUACUGAAUGGAAAUGGCUGUCAUGUAUUUUGGAAUUUUCCAUUAAAUAAUUUGCUUUUUCUAGAGUGUUUGAGAAGUUUGCAGACAUUACAAACAUCAGAUUAUAAAACCAAACCAUCCUUCCUACUAUAAGCCCUCCUUGUGAUUUUUAUUUGUUAGUGGCCCUGCCAUUUACUUAAUGGUAAGGUGGUAUAUACACAAUUAUAUGUAUCUGUAUAAAAUAGUUGUGGAAGAAUAUGUAAGAAAUUGGUUACAUUGGUUCCCUCUGGAGAAGAACUAGAUGGCUAUGGUCAGGGAUUAGAGGAAGACUUACUGUAUGUCAUGUAUCUUUUUAACAAUGUAAAUAUAACAAACUUAGUUUAUAAAAAAGAACUGCUGGAAAUAAUACCAGUGACAAAUAAUCCAUACCAACAAAUAGCUAGAAAAUAUAAUUUUUAAAAGUUAUCAAAAACAAAUAUUUAGG